GCCCCCUCGCCCGAGUCGCGUGAGCGGGAGGCCGGCCGGCAGCGCGUCCCCGUCGCCAAGGCAACCGCGCCGCCGCAGGACCCCGACCCGCCGCCGCGAUGAUCCCGCCCGCGGACUCGCUGCUCCGCUACGAGACGCCGGUGCUGGUGAGCCGCAACACCGACAAGCGCUCGCCCAAGGCCCGGCCCCUGAAGGCGACCCCGCAGGUGCAGCCGCCCGCGGCGCCCGUCUCGCCGCCCAAGGGCAAGGCGCCCUCGCCCGCCGCCGACCCCAGCAAGCAAGCCGAGGAGAUCCUCAACGCCAUCCUACCGCCCAGAGAAUGGAUGGAAGAGAACCAGCUGUGGAUCCAGCAGGUGUCCAGCACCCCCAGCACACGCAUGGACGUUGUGCAUCUGCAAGAGCAGCUGGACCUCAAACUCCAGCAGCGCCAGGCCCGCGAGACGGGCAUCUGCCCUGUGAGGCGGGAGCUGUACUCUCAGUGCUUCGAUGAGCUGAUCCGGGAGGUGACCAUCAACUGUGCAGAGCGCGGGCUGUUGCUGCUACGCGUGCGGGAUGAAAUCCGGAUGACUAUUGCAGCCUACCAGACCCUUUAUGAGAGCAGUGUUGCUUUUGGCAUGCGGAAGGCACUGCAGGCUGAGCAGGGCAAGUCUGAUAUGGAAAGGAAAAUUGCAGACUUAGAGGAUGAGAAACGAGACUUGGAGAGGCAAGUGAAUGAGCAGAAGGCAAAGUGUGAAGCAAUUGAAAAGCGGGAACUUGAAAGGCGUCAGGUAGAGGAGAAGAAGCACACGGAGGAAGUCCAGUUUCUGAAACGGACCAAUCAGCAGCUCAAGGCACAGCUUGAAGGGAUCAUUGCACCUAAGAAGUAGACCUUCCAACGGCUCAGUGCAAAAAGUGCCGGCGGAGUGGCAAGCAAGGGCGCGUCUUCCAAGAAUUCUUCCAAAUAUUUCCAGAAUGAUUAAUUCCCCAACCUCCCCCGCCCCUCAUUUGGAUCAAAACACUGGUCAAAUUUCCCUCCUUGCUUUGAAUAUUUCUCAACCAGCUUGGGAUUUGCCUCACCAGUUCAUACUCACUGGAUAUUUUUUUAAUGCAUCAGUACUUUAGACUGUUAGAACUGGGCAGGUCUCAGCCCUACCGUGAGGCAAGGGCUGUUUGUGGUCACAUUAAAUUAAGUCACAACUCUGAA